ACCAAUUUUGCGCGUAAAAGUCCGCGCACACUGCGGGCAUGUCAUAAAUAAGCACUAAGUUAGUUAACAAAGUAAAGUUUUUCUAAAAAGCAAUAUUUAUGUAGAUUUGUUUCAAUUUUUCCCCAGAACAGAUUUGUCACCAAUAACGCUAUUUCGUGUCACCUUAUUAUAUAUUCGGACUGACAAUUAAACACAAUGUUGAUGUAAUCAGCAGAUUUCACUAUUGUGGCGCGUGCCCUUAAUAAGUUAAAACUGUCCUGUUUAUACAAAUAAUAUAAUUUAUUAAGUUUUAAAUAAUAAUAAACACAGUAAUGAUGUAUCUAAUACAAAGUUCACAUCGUCAAACCCUGUUAUCAUCUUAACUUGCUGGGUUCAGACAAUAGACGCAGUAAUCAUUACCUAAAUCUUAUUCAACUUUCCCCUUUCAUUAAAAAUAUAAUAACAUUAUGCACAUAUCUGUAUCGGAAAUGUACGUCACUAAAAAUAGUUAAUUUAUUCUAAGUCGAGUUCGCUUAUGCAUCUUUCGCCCCACCGAAGACGAUCUCUACGCCCCGCGUUUCACAACCUUGAUAUAUAAAAGAAAUGUCCAAAUCAUCGAUACCAAUCAAAAUCCAAACGUUGCAAAUACCGCAUCCGAAAAUGUUAGGGAAAGUGAGUGUUUCGUAACUAAUUAUUUAAUUAACUUCCUCAUGGAAAGUGGAUUAGUUUUAUUAAUGUGAACUAUUGUUUUAGGUUAUUGCGCUUAGUGCCCUGAUUGCUGCUACGUGUGCCAGUGUUCCGAGUUUAAACCACGGCUUGUCGUACCAACAAUUUAAUCGAGGAGAUGAGGCCUUACGUUAUGUCAGUGCAGAAGGUUACCAGGUCUCUCCUGUAGUCUACCAAAUGCCUCGUGCUGAACAAAAUGAGGGUUCAGAAGCAUACCGCUUAUCUUCUGGAGAACACCCUAGUGCUCCAGAAGCGCAAAACAUGGAUUCCGAAUCCUACCACGCAUCUCAAGUUGUGCAACACGUCCCUUCAGCAAGAUACCAGGGCAGUCUUGAAGCGCAUAACUCCGCUUCAGAAUUAUUCCAUGGUCCUGCUCCCGGGCACCACAUACAUCCUGUUGCGCACCACGCCUCUUCUGUGGAACACCAGGUCUCUCCCAUAGCGCACAACAUCGCCUUAAGUACAUAUCACGUAUCUUCUGUCUUGCACCAGGUUCAUCCUGUUGAACACCACGGUUAUUCAGAAGGACACCACGAUUCUUCUGUAGAACAGCACGUCUCUCCUAUAGAGCAAGAGGUCACUCCCUCAGCACACUACCAUCGCGACUACUAUUCAGCGCACAACGUUGCUCCUGCCGUUCACAAUAUUGCUUCUGAAUCAUACCACGCUCCUAAUGAAGCGAACCAUAUUUCUUCUGAAGCUCACAAUGCAGCAUCUGCACAAAAGUCUGGUCCAGUUGCGCACUACGUUGCUCUUACAGCACACUACGCUGCUCCUGGAGGACACUACUCCGCGCCAUCAGCACACGACGCUGCUCCUGCCGCCUACUACGUUGUACCUACAGCACACUACGAUGCUUCUGUAGGGCACGUCGUACCCUUAUACCGACACGCUUCACCGAUAUCACACUACGCUGCCGCCGCACCUGUAAUUAACCAUGCCACUGCUGCCGUAAAUAACUACGUGUCCGAGGCUCAUGUAACUAACCACGCGUCCGAGGGUCCCGCUCACAACACUCAUACCGCACCAGCAUCCCACUACGACUAUUACGCUUAUCCUAAAUACGCCUACUCAUACUCCGUGGCGGACCCUCACACUGGCGACCACAAGUCUCAGCACGAAGUCCGCGAUGGUGGUGUGGUGAGGGGCUCGUACUCCCUACUGCAGCCUGAUGGCUCUGUCCGCAAAGUCACCUACACCGCUGACGACCACAAUGGUUUCAAAGCAGUGGUGGAGAAUACUCCUGUCGUGUCUAGAACAGCUCGCGAAAACGCACAAGCUAAACAAAAUUGAUGAUUAAUAUUAUUACUUAUUUAUUUAUUGCUUAGAACCUAAUUACUCUUAAGGAAAA